CUCACUGUCUGUGUCUCUCUCUCUAGCUCGCGCACGCAAAAAAUUCCCCUUUUGACUAAAAGCUUUUCACAGCUAAUUUCCAUUUGAUUUUGUUCUCUCCGUUCACUUAAAUCUUUGGUUAUCAUCUGUUUUUCUCCAACAAUUAGGCAGCUCAUAUCACUUCAACUUAAGUGGCUUGCUAUUUGCCUGCAUCAGUUCUCACCUGGAUCUCUGUCUGUCUUCCAUUAUCUGUAGAAUUCAGGGACAAAAGAUCAAACUUUCUUGUGUAGACGAAGAGGGUUUUUUUUUUUUAAAAAAAAAAUUCUUCCCCUGAUCUUUCUAUUGGUUUGUCUCGAUCACCUUUAUUUUUUUGUCUUCUGGGUCUGAUUACGGGUGCAUCUGUUUCUCUGUCUCAUUUAUGUUCUACGCAAAUAAUUGAGUAUUGUUUGAUUUGAUGAGAGGGAGAGGGCUGUUUAAGGGGUAAUCGUAGUGGGUUUUCGUUUGACCUUGUCUGUUUGGUGUUUUCUGCGUAUAGGGUAUGGUGAUUUGAUCAGUAUUAGGGUUUUUUAUCAGAUGGGUACUGGGUCAGACUCUGUUAAAGUUGUGGAGAAAUUGGGAGUGGAGACAUCUGAAAAAAGGGAGAACUUGGAUAAUAGCAAGAAUGAUAAGAGGAAAGAUUUGGAUGAGAGGGAAAGUGGGUUUUGGUUCAGAAUUAAGUUCAUGUUUGGUUGCAUCCCUUGUAGAUCAAAAGUGGACAGUUCCAUGAGUGCCAUCACCAUCACUGUAGCAGAAAGUAAACCUGCUAAUGAGAAACAAAAAGAUCAACCAGCUCCCUCUACGCCGAAUAGCAAUGCAGAGAGCACUUCUUCGACGCCUCUAAUCAGCGGGGAACUGAAGGUUUCUUCUGAACUAAGGAAGUUCAUGUUUAACGACCUCAAGUUAGCCACUAGGAAUUUCAGACCAGAGUCUCUUCUCGGUGAGGGUGGCUUUGGUUGUGUCUUUAAAGGAUGGAUAGAAGAGAAUGGAACUGCCCCUGUCAAGCCCGGUACCGGUCUUACAGUGGCUGUCAAAACGCUGAACCCAGAUGGGCUUCAAGGUCACAAGGAGUGGCUUGCUGAGAUUAACUUUCUAGGAAACCUUGUCCACCGCCAUCUAGUUAAAUUGGUUGGUUAUUGCAUUGAAGAUGAUCAGAGGCUCUUGGUCUAUGAGUUUAUGCCUCGAGGAAGUUUAGAGAAUCACCUCUUCCGGAGAACACUGCCACUUCCUUGGGCUGUCAGAAUGAAGAUAGCACUUGGUGCGGCCAAAGGUCUUGCCUUUCUUCACGAGGAGGCAGAGAAGCCAGUCAUAUAUCGCGAUUUCAAGACUUCGAAUAUCUUGUUAGAUGCGGACUAUAAUGCGAAGCUUUCAGAUUUCGGUCUUGCGAAAGAUGCUCCCGACGAGGGUAAAUCCCACGUAUCAACCCGGGUCAUGGGAACUUAUGGUUAUGCUGCCCCCGAGUAUGUUAUGACUGGGCAUCUGACAUCCAAGAGUGACGUAUACAGCUUCGGAGUAGUUUUACUCGAAAUACUAACCGGGAGAAGAUCCAUGGAUAAAAAUCGCCCAAACGGGGAACAAAACUUGGUUGAAUGGGCGAGACCACAUCUCUUAGACAAGAAAAGGUUCUACCGGUUAUUAGAUCCUCGGUUAGAGGGCCACUUCUCAAUCAAAGGUGCCCAGAAGGCUACACAACUCGCUUCACAAUGCCUUAGCCGAGACUCGAAAGCUAGACCCAAGAUGAGCGAAGUCGUCGAAGCCCUGAAGCCUCUACCGGGUCUUAAAGACUUUGCCAGCUCUUCUCAUUCGUUCCAAACCAUGCAGCCCAUGUCCAAGAAUGGGUUCAGAACACAAGGAGGAGGGUUUGUGUCGAGAAAUGGACAACCUUUGAGGAGCUUGUCCAGCCUAAACGUUCCUCAGGCAUCACCUUAUAGAAAUUCUCAUCAGUCACCAAAGCCCAAGGGGAAUGAACAAUGACUCCUCCCCAUAUUUUCAUUAUGUAACAGAUGUGUUUCUGAUCAAGAGCAUCCAGUUCAGUGGAUCGGCUGACAAGCUUUAUCAUUGGGAGACUCAUCCUUCCUGUUUCAUAGUUGCUUCUGAAUCAAAGACAGCUCGGGUGGAUGGGAUGUUUACUCAGGUAUUUUGUAACUGCCCCCGGAAAACUGCAGCUCUUGUGUUCUGAGAAGCAUAGCUCGAAGAAGACGAUGGUUUGAGAAUAUUGAAGUUGAGCAAACCGGGCAAUAUCUCGCCAUAGAAGCUGAAAGAAUGAUGUUUGUUUUGUGAAAUUUCAUGUGUAGAGUGUAAAGUUUGACAGAAUGUAUAGUUCCUUGAAGAAAAACCAUUUGACUAUGCAUCUUGGUUUUGUUCGGUUU